AUGCCCGGCUCGCAGCGAGUUGCUCUUGAUUUCGCUGUCAUCAAUGCGCUUGGUUCUAGUCACUGGCAGACCUCUUGUCGUGAGAUUGGUGGGGCUGCGGCUGCAUACGCUCAAAAGAAGCGUCGCCACCUUGACACGGCUGCCCACUGUCAAGCCGAAGGCAUUUCGUUUCAGCCCGUCGUCUUCACCUCUCAAGGCACCAUGACCAAGGAAGCAUCAUCCAUCCUCCGCGGGAUUGCUGAGGCCAUCUCUGUUGCCGAAGGGGGCUGCCCUGCCCAGCUCUGUGAGGAGAUUUUCGAGCGCGUUGCCAUUCUCAUUGCCCGGGCCAACAGCCGUGCUGUCACUCGGCGCCAGCAGCCCCGUGACGCGGGUGUUUCCGCAGCCAGCGCAGCUUUGGCUGCCCACGCCGUCCUUAGUGAGCCCAUGGACGUUUGCUGA